AAUAUUUACCUCUAUCAGACAUUUGUUGUGUAGCCUAUUCUGAACAUAAAGUAAACAUUUAACUUUUGUCAACACUGUGUAAUGUUAACAAUUAGCACUUACUUUUGGACUUUCAUGAUUUUGCACAAUAUUAACGUAAUACGGUUCAUUUGAAUAGUAAUAACCCUCAGAAUGUGAAAAUAAUUUUUAUUUGUUUAUCUGAACAAAAUAUGGAAGCGAGAGAAGAGCUUGAAUUGAACGUUGAGACAGAUGUUAAUGAUGAGGAAAUUGACUGUGACAGAAUCAGAGGAGAUGCUAUAGGAGAUACUGUGUACAGUGAGCGGUUUGUACUCAGAGUGUUGAUACAACUCUCUCAGUAUCAAGAGGAUAAGUGGUCAGAAGAUUUAGAAUCAGACCUGUGUGUGUUAUGGGACAUGACUGCUACUCCAGCUGUUGUUUAUUUUCUCAUGAAACAUGACUGCCUCAACAUCCUAGCUACCUUAAUACAAUCUUCAUCCAACCCACGACUUCUGGAGAUCCUAGUGGGCAUUGUGGGCAACAUGUGCUGUGUGCGGGAGGCCAGGACAGUGGUCAGUGAGGACACCCAGCUACACGGGAUGCUGCUACAGUUGCUCACUUGUCCGGACCCACAGACUCUGGUACAGUUGAGUCGCUGUCUGCAAAGCUUUACCUGGGACCUGUUGCGAGGUGAUGCUACUCUUGUGGCAGACCAGCACUGGCUUGAGCGCCAGGUUGUCUCUGGUCACCUUUGCUCUUCCUUGGCGUUUAUUCUCUCCAGUUCACUUAAUGAAGAGCUGCUGAUGGCAAUUUUAGACCUACUCAAUACCCUCUGUGGAUUGGAAAUCAAUGACAAAGAUUAUAGCCGAUACUUUGCCUCUACAGAAAUGACAGAUGGAAUGCUUGAAUGCUGGAACCAGUUAUUUAUUGGCUGUCAGGAAGGACCCAACUUUGAAUUCAUGAACAAACAACAGGAGAAAAGUGCCUUGCAUUGGGUCUCAGUCCUACUUGCGUUUGCAGGGCACGAGGCAGGCCGGGAACACUUAGGAAAGAGAGCUAGACACAUCGUCAGGACUCUAAUACUCUGGAUACAAGAGCCAGACAACGGUGGCUCUGAUACACUCCUUAUCACAACCAUCUCACUCUUGGAGGCUCUGGUCAGUGUUUACUUUUGUGAGGAAGCCUUCUGCAAAACAAUUCGUAUUGUCAGGAAAACUAUGGAAAAGAAUUCCUGUGAGUUCCGAGACAGUGAGACAAGAGAGGACUUGACAGUUCUAAGUUUGAUGGACAGUUUUGGCAACUAUUGUAUGGAGGUGCUGAAGUGUGUGGAGAGGAGGAGGCUUCACACCAUUUUGAUGGAUUGUUGCAAUAACAAGUCCAUUAAAUUCUUCUGGAAGGUUGUCCAAGAGAGAGAUUCUGACCUAGUGACUCCCUUGGAUAGUUCACAGUAGUGAGUUAGAGUUAAAUUUUUUUGAGAGAAAUUGCUGUGUGUUAAAGGGAUCAAAAAUAUAAUUAAAUGCGUAUGUUAAUUUUAAAA